AUGGUUCUGGUGAGGCUUGCAAACGUGGAAUUCCUUUGGCUCCGGCUGGAGCUGUAUUUUAAUAAAGAUUGGAAUUUAGUAUUUCAGAGUGUAUUGGAUAAAGCACUAUCAGUAUCUACUGCAGAUGGCACAGGUGGUAACCAACGUUUUAGGGAAAACCACCAUGAAUCUGUGGGACAAACGGUCACUUCUCCUGAAGAGGGCUUGACGCCGCCGCGUUUCUCAUUAAGGCUGUUGUUACGCCGUGUUACAGAGCGGUACCGCAGGUGCGCGUUUACUUAUUUAUUUACUCGUUUACUUUUUUAUUUACCUGUCGGUGGCUGCUGUGAGCUUCCCCCGGAAGAAAGCCGUGCCGGCCGCAUUCGCCCUCGCAGCGCCAAGCCGCGCUACUUCAGCCAUGGCCGCCCGCCGCUGGGCCGAACCACCAAGGUUGUGCUGGUGCCAGGAGUUACCAGCAGGUUGGCUGGCUGCCUCCGUGAAUUUACACAAGACACAGAAACAGCUAAAGAAGGUGAGGUCGCUGAUUACUGCCAGUCAUACAUGCGCGAACAAGUUAACACUGAGGAAGGAGACGGUGAUGAUGAUGAUGAUGAAGACGACUGGGACUGGGAUGAUGAGGUGGGAAGACUCAUGAGGCGCCACAAUGUUGCUGGUGGAUGUAAUCCACAGGCAAAUAGACAGACCCCUAGCUGCUAUUCAGCAAAAAUGUCUACCCCUACAGACAAGGCUUUAAGGAAAUUUGAACAUAAAAUUAACUUAGAUAAGCUGAAUUUUGAUGACUCCGUUAUAAACCGAGUUACAGAAAAGUCUAGACAGAAGGAAGCAGACAUGUACCGAGUCAAAGAUAAGUCAGACAGAGCAACAGUAGAACAGGUGUUGGAUCCAAGGACACGAAUGAUUCUGUUCAAGAUGCUAUCUAGAGGUGUCAUAUCAGAAAUCAAUGGCUGCAUCAGCACAGGGAAAGAAGCUAACGUAUAUCAUGCCAGUACUGUGAAUGGAGAGAACAGAGCAAUAAAGAUUUACAAAACCUCUAUUCUGAUGUUUAAAGAUCGGGAUAAGUAUGUGAGUGGAGAAUUCAGAUUUCGUCAUGGAUAUUGCAAAGGCAACCCAAGAAAAAUGGUGAAGACAUGGGCUGAAAAAGAAAUGAGGAAUUUAAUAAGGUUGAAUACAGCCCAGAUACCUUGCCCAGAGCCAAUUAUGCUAAGAAGUCAUGUACUUCUCAUGGGCUUUAUUGGUAAGGGUGAUAGGCCUGCUCCUCUGCUGAAGAAUGCUCAGCUAUCUGACUCCAAAGUCCGGGAGCUGUACCUGCAAAUCAUCCAGUAUAUGAGAAGAAUGUACCAAGAUGCCAGACUUGUUCAUGCAGAUCUCAGUGAAUUUAAUAUGCUGUACCACAGCGGGGACGCAUACAUCAUUGACGUGUCACAGGCCGUGGAGCAUGACCACCCACAUGCACUGGAGUUCCUGCGGAAGGAUUGUGCCAACGUUAACGACUUUUUCCAGAAGCGCAAUGUUGCAGUGAUGACUGUGAGGGAGCUGUUUGAAUUUAUUACUGAUCCUUCUAUCACAAACGAGAACAUUGAUGACUAUCUGUCUAAGGCAAUGGAAAUAGCAUCAAAAAGAACAGAGGAGGAAAGAUCCAGUCAAGAUAAAGUAGACGAGGAAGUGUUUAAGAAGGCUUACAUACCUCGAACUUUGACUGAAGUUAAAAACUAUGAGAGAGAUGUGGAUAUAAUGAUGAAAUUGAAAGAAGAGGAUAUGGCAUUGAAUGUUCAGCAAGAUAAUAUUCUCUACCAGACUGUGACAGGGCUGAAGAAGGAUUUGUCUGGUGUUCAGAAGGUUCCUGCACUUCUUGAAAAGAAGGUGGAUGAGUCAGGAACAGGCUCUGAUGAUGAUGGUGGCAGCUCAGAGGACUGUGAUUUGGGCUGUAAAGAAUCUGUACAUCCCAAAGAUAAACCUGCUGAAGUUAGCAUGGACAAAAAGGAAAGGAAGAAGAUGGUUAAAGAAGCCCAAAGAGAGAAGAGGAAAACCAAAAUCCCAAAGCAUGUGAAGAAGCAGAAAGAAAAGACUGCAAAAAUGAAGAAAGGCAAAUAA